UCUCUAUUAGCGGGAGCCUUUCUUUAAACUGCGAAACUAUAGAGCUGUUUAAAGAUGCGAGGCGGCUCAGCGACAUGUCAAGAUUUAUGGAUAGGAUGGCCGCGGAAUGGAAAUGGGUUGCGGAACAGUCUGCUGUGGGUGACUGAGACAGCCACGGUCACAGAUUCAAUUGAAUGAAACAAAUACGACCGUAGACGAGUCUGUGAUUAGAUCAACGUCGGGGAUUUGAUGCCUUUGAGUGUGGACUCCUUCGCAGCGCAAACGCCGGGCGCCUGUCAAAUAGCCCCGCUGUCCCAUAAUGAAUUGCGCACGAACUGGAAACGGACAUUUCGUUUGGAAAUCGAUUUUGACGCAUAUGUGCUGCACACACGCGCGCACAGUGUGUUGCCUCGCGGAAUUUGAAUAAAGUACCGAUGUCAGCAACAGCGAGAAAGCUUUUUCUUCCCCACCACGGAUGCAUCGCCUCCCUCCCCACGCAUUCAAAUGAAGAGGUCCCUCUGCUGCAACGGCAUGCUCGCAGCCAGCGACUGUGAUGAGCUGCCGGGUCGCGUCUGAAGUGCUCCACCAAAGACUAAUAUUCUCUCCCAACCCGCUCUGAAGAACAAUACUUGAUCCAAUCAACGCUGCAGUCGCCCCUGGAGGGAGACACUCCUGAGCCGUAGGUGGAUCCUCAGAAAAGAGCAGCGGCGGACCAUGUGAUACUUGACCUUCACAGAGGGACUCAGGUACACGGCAGAGGAGGAGGAAUCGGAUCUGAAGUCGAAUCUGAAGGAGUCAGAAUUCAGCCGUCAUUACAGACGUUGUGGAUCAUGGGCCAGCGGUGACAGGGCUCAUACAUGUUGGAGCUUCAUUUACUGAGGAGAGCCAGACGUAUCACUAUGGGUCUGAACGGGAUCCCCUCCACCAGGGAGUGACUGCGCGAGAGACUGGACACGGGGCGUCGGGAGGAUUAGCCAGCGUGCUGCGUGCUGCUAGCCCAUGGUGGAUCUGCUGUGAGCAGGGCAAGGGACUCAGCGGUGGAGGAUGUCAGCAGAGGCCGAGCUCCAGCCGGGUGUCAAAACCAGCCAGCGAAAGGAGUCCAGGAGGAUCAAAGGUCAGGACCGCACCGAAGCGGGGCUCAUUAAGCGUUUCCGUGGCGAUGGCGUGCGCUACAAGGCCAAGCUUAUUGGGAUGGAUGAGGUGACAGCGGCACGUGGGGACAAACUGUGCCAGGAUGCCAUGAUGAAGCUAAAGGGAGCGGCGUCCUCGGCGCGUGCCAAGGGGGAGCACAAGCAGAGGGUCUUCUUGACGGUCUCUUUCGGCGGGAUCAAGAUUUACUGCGAGAGAUCAGGGGUGCUCAUGCAUCACCACUCGGUCCACGAGAUCAGCUACAUCGCCAAAGACACCCGGGACCACCGCGCCUUUGGCUACGUCUGUGGGAAGGAGGGCCACCACAAGUUUGUGGCCAUCAAGACGGCGCAGUCGGCUGAGCCGCUUAUCAUUGACCUGCGCGACCUCUUCACCCUCAUCUACGACAUUAAACAGCGGGAGGAGUUGGAGAAAAAGGCGCAGAAGGACAAGCAGUGUGAGCAGGCGGUUUACCAGACCAUCCUGGAGGACGAAGUGGACGACCCCGUUUACCAGUACAUAGUGUUUGAGGCUGGACACGAACCCCUCCGUGGCCCCCAGUCAGAGGAGAGCGUUUAUCAGGUCCCAACCAGUCAGCAGAAGGAAGGGAUCUAUGAUGUCCCAAAACGCCAUUUCAUGACUAAUAUCAACCACUUUGAUCUGUUCGGCGACAUGUCGACUCCUCCCUCGAUGCCCCCGUCACCCGCCAACACGCUGGACCCUACCAGAAGCAGCCGUCAGCAGCAACACGCAGCCGCUGAGAUGUACGCCCCCUUCAGCCCCACCUCCGUGCCGUCAGGUUACAUGACCAUGGGUCCUGUGCAGGCAGCCCAGUGGGCGCAGCAGUCGUUCCCCACCCAGGCUCAGACUCUGGCCUUUCCCGUGCAGGGACCCCUCCAGGUGGCCCAGGUGCUCCCGGGGGGUCAGCCGCUCAUCUGGAGCCAAGCGAACAUCUUCCCAGCCACUCAGCAGCAGUGGGCGGCCAUGGCGGCCUACAUGCCGGCCCAGACGGUGGGCGUGGGCGGCCAUGCCAUCCCGGCGGCCAUGCUGCAAGGCCUGGUACCGAUCACCACCGUGUGCCCCCAAGCCUGCGACCUGUCGGCCCCGUCCUCCGCCAUCGCCAGCCCCCAGCACGCGGCCGACCCCGCGCUGCUCCAGAGGCAGCUAAGCCUAGCGAAGGAGGGCCUGGGUGCAGACCCGGACGCAGGUGAGGGCCCAUCCACGUCAGGGGCGGUAGCAUCAGGUGUGGGACCGGGUGUGGGGUCAACGGCGGCGAGCAGGUGCGGGACUCCGGGCCUUAUGAGCGCACCAGACACGCUGGUCUGCAGUCAGCUGCUGGCACCUUCAGCUUCACUGACCCAGGAAGAGGAGGGCAGCUGUAGUGACCUGGACCUCUCGAGGAUGACACUGAGCCCCGGUACCUCAACAUCACCGUCCACUGAAUCCCCAUCCACUCCGGCCCCUCAGCGGAGCUCCUCCUCAGACUGCCCCCCCUCCCAGGCCAGCGACCCGCCCACCGAUCACUCGCCUGUCGACCCAGAGGCCAGCUCCAGCUCCAGCGGCGUGAAGGAGGAGGAGACGGGUUCUGCUGUUGCAGGAUCUGUCUCUCCAGCACCCGGCGGAGCUCCUGAUCUGCUGCAGGAUCAGCCCUGUGACCAAGACAGCUAGAGAGGAACAGACAAUAAGUGAUGGAAGCUCCUAAGGCCAAGACAGACGCUCAUGAGAAACAGAGGUGAGAGAUGAGGGACUGUGAACAGCAGCAUCUCCCACAGCUGGAUUACACAGACUUGUUCUGCUUUUCCAACCUUUUAAAGGAUAUUUUGGUUUGGUUCUUUAACGAGCUGGAUCCUAGGAUCUGCUUUUCCACCAGAGGCCACAUACUGUACUGUACUCCUCGGCAUGACAACCAGGCUUCGGCUCUAUCAUCCAAUCAAAAAACAUUUUAACCAGGAAGUGACCUUUGACCGAAACCUGCAGCAAGAGAUAACUGCAGCCUCCUGUAAGGGAUUCAUAUCUGUGAGGAAACAUUAAAAGGCCAUGGUGACGCUGACGAUGCAAAAUCUUUUUGAAGGAAAGCAGUGUCCUACUGUAAGCGGUUGACCCUCUGUUUGUCAACUGCCACCAGCAAAAGACUGUGCGCAGCAGAUGGAUUCGCCAAAUGUUCUCAUCGUGUUGCUCCACCGGCCAGUCCAUUUGCAUGAACAGACUCCAUGUGGAUUCAGUGUACUCAGCUGUGAGCAAAAGUGCAAAACUGUCUGCCGCUUCCUGCAAAGUCGGAAACAAAUCGAACAACAAGGUUCUUCUUUUUCCUAUUUUAUAAGCUGUGAAUUCUUAGUUGAUGACACAAAGUCAUUCACAGACGCUGGAAAUGACUUUGAAGCAUCAAUGUUAAAAUCGAAAUUUGCCAAACAUCUAUUUUGUAAAUAAGAAUCCUCCCGGCCCCCCGUGCCCGAGCCUCUGUGCCAUAAGAUAGCUCUCUGCCUCUUGAAUGCCAACUACCUGUGUUUCUCUCAAGCAAUGCCCUACCAAGCACCUCCAUUUUUGACGUCUGGAUGUUUGUUUCGCUUUUUGCAGGCCGGUGUUUUUUUAUUUCAGAAAAAACGUCCUCCUCUCCGUUUGGUUGGUGAGAAAUGAACUGUGAAUCUGUGUUUACAUGGUCAUUAAAAAUAGAGCCUGUUGUAGCUGUCUCACUCAUUUUGAAUUUGAGAGAUAAAAGAAAUGAAGAGGUUCGAAACAAAGCUUCUACUGCUUUUUAAAGGUCACAAACAUUUCCUUUUUUUUUUACAUUUUGAACGGAGGUCAUGUUGUUUACGAUGUGCCUCACAAAAUGAAAAGAAUAAACCGAUGCGAUGUGGCUUGAAAAGCCACAAGGUCAGAGACAGUAGAGUGUGUUUCUAUGCCUUACUGGUUUAUUUUGGUUGUCCGCUCGUUUUUGUCAGCUCAUUGUACACAGUAAACAGGUCAUUGUUGUAACAAAGCACUUGGUCUCCACUGGAUGAAACGGUCAAAACAAAGGCGACGUAUAGAAUAUGAACCAUAGAAAUGUCACCAUUAACUGCUAGACUUACAAUAACAGACUGUACCCCUGCUUGUGUAAUUAAAAUGAGAAAUAGGUCAACAUAUUUUGUAAAUUUUAUUUAUGGAAUUAUGAAUUGUCAUUCCAAAAGAAAAAAAGGACUUUUGUACAUCUAUGAGUUCCCCUUACACUGUACCCAUACCACUGUUCAGCCACAAAUAAAAUAUCAUGUGAUUCCCA